CCGGGGCUUCAGGUGAAGUCUCUCAUCGCCGACAUCACACAUCCACCAUGAGGUCUCUGGUCUUCGUUCUGCUCAUCGGAGCUGCCUUUGCCACGGAGGACGACAAGAUUGUCGGAGGGUAUGAGUGCACCCCCCACAGCCAGGCCCACCAGGUGUCCCUGAACUCCGGAUACCACUUCUGCGGUGGCUCCCUGGUCAACGAGAACUGGGUUGUGUCCGCUGCUCACUGCUACAAGUCCCGCAUUGAGGUGCGUCUUGGAGAGCACAACCUCAGGGUCAACGAGGGAAGCGAGCAGUAUAUCAGCUCCUCUCGCGUCAUCCGCCAUCCCCAAUACAGCUCCUACAACAUCGACAACGACAUCAUGCUGAUCAAGCUGAGCGAGCCCGCCGUCCUCAACCAGCGCGUGGUGCCCGUGGCCCUCCCCACCUCCUGCGCCCCCGCUGGCACAAUGUGCAAGGUCACUGGCUGGGGCAACACCAUGAGCUCCUCGGCCGAUAGCAACAAGCUGCAGUGCCUGAACAUCCCCAUCCUGUCUACCAAGGACUGUAAUAACUCCUACCCCGGCAUGAUCACUGACGCCAUGUUCUGCGCUGGAUACCUGGAGGGAGGCAAGGACUCCUGCCAGGGUGACUCCGGUGGACCCGUCGUGUGCAACGGGGAGCUGCAGGGCGUCGUGUCCUGGGGCUACGGAUGUGCUGAGAGAGACCACCCCGGGGUCUACGCCAGGGUCUGCCUCUUCACCAGUUGGCUGGAGAGCACCAUGGCCAGCAACUUUUUUUAUUGGUCAACGGCAUCAGGGGUGUUUCUCAAAAAGUCAAAACAGGUCAGGGAGCUGAAUAAAAAACCUGUCAUCUGUCCAUGUGGAGCAAUGAUGAGGUCUCUGGUCUUCGCUCUGCUCCUUGGAGCUGUGUUUGCCACUGAGGAUGACAAGAUUGUUGGAGGGCGCGAGUGCGCGCCGAAUUCUCAGCCCCACCAGGUGUCUCUGAACUCCGGCUAUCACUUCUGUGGGGGCUCACUGGUCCACGAGGAUUGGGUGGUGUCUGCCGCCCACUGCUACAAGUCCAAAAUGGACAUCGUGCUCGGCGAUCACAACCGUUGGUUCAUGGACGGCAACGAACAGAUUAUUCCUGCUGCCCGCGUCAUCCCUCAUCCAAACUACGAGUCCUGGCUGGUUAACAACGACAUCAUGCUGAUCAAGUUGAGCCGACCCGCGACCAUCAACCAGCACGUGAGGCCCGUGGCUCUGCCCACGAGGUGCGCUCACGCCGGGACCACGUGCACGGUCUCUGGAUGGGGUGUGACCAUGAGCUCCUCGGCCGACAGUAACAAACUGCAGUGCCUGGAAAUCCCCGUCCUGUCUGAGGAGGACUGUGACAGCUCCUACCCCGGCAUGAUCACCGAGGCCAUGUUCUGUGCCGGAUUCCUGGAGGGAGGCAAGGACUCCUGCCAGGGCGACUCCGGCGGCCCCGUUGUGUGCGACGGGGAGCUGCAGGGUGUUGUCUCCUGGGGCUUCGGGUGUGCAGAGAAGAACCACCCGGGUGUCUACGCCAAGACAUGCAUUUUCACCGACUGGCUGCAGAGCACCAUGGCGUCCUACUGAACUGGGUCCAGUCACACUCUGCUACAAAGCACCAUCCCGUCUGAAUGAAACUCACUGCAUGUUGAAAUUUAUUUUGAAAUAAAACAAGAC